AUGGAAGCUGGGGGAGAGGGGAGCAGUGGAGGGUGGAGCAGUGGAGGGAGGAGCAAUGGAGGGGCAGAGCGGGAAGGGGAAUGGCGAGAACAGGCAGAGGGGAAAUGGUGGCAUUGCAGCAGGGGGAGGAGUAACAGGUGGGACGAGCAGGGGAACGGGAGUGGCAGAGGAGGGGGUACAGCAAGAGGGGGCAGAAGGAGGGGAGGGAGGAGUGAGGGGUGUGGCGGGGGGGCGGUGCCUCAAGGGGGAGUGGACGUCACGGGCUGGGAUGACGUGUUCUUAGCUGACGUGGGCGUGACGUGGCAGGGCCUGGGGCUGCAAGGGGAGGUGGAGGAGGCGAUGUGCAGGGCGGGCUUUAAGCGGCCGUCUGCCAUUCAGGUGAGGUGCGAGGUGGUGUGGAGGCGACAACAUUGGUGCCUGAAAGCAGACUGUGUCAUGCCGUCCGCUCCUUGCUCAUCCCCUUUAUCUUCAAACUCCACGUUUGUGCAUUCUGGCGUCAUUCCCCCAACUCCUGUCGAUACCUCCCUCGUUUCUCUGUUUGCUCUCUCUCAUCUCCAUUAUAAUGACACUCGAUAUUGUGUGCAGGCGGGCGCCAUUCCGCAGAUCCUAUCCGGAUCAGACGUGGUGGUGGCCGCUGAAACGGGCAGUGGGAAAACGCAUGCUUACCUGGCACCCGUGCUGAGUCAUGUGCUGACGUGGCGCGAGGAGGAGAGGCGGAGGGAGAUGGCAGAGAGGGAAGAGGGGAGGGCGGGUGAGGAGGAGGGAAGUGAGGGGAGGAGUGAGGGAAGGCUGGGAGAGGAUGGUGAAGUGGGAGAGGUGAGAAGGAGGAGGGUGGGAGCUCGCAAGUUUGCUCUGGUGCUGUGUCCCAACGCUGCCCUGUGCCGCCAGGUGGGUGAUGAGAGGAUGAGGGGUUGUGUGAUGGGGAGGGGGGGUGUGUGA